AUGGAUGUAGAAUUGAUGAGUGAGUUGGUGCGGCAUCUCCCCCGUAUUAAGUUCCAUGGUAUGUUUCGGAAUCGUCCAGAUUCUUGGGAUUGUGAAUAUGCAGUUCCUUUGCCACCUGAAUCAAACGUUGAAACUGCUAUUGAAACCACCGACCGUGAUUCAGUGACGAACAUUAUCACUCCACGUGAGGAGAUUCAUGUUGACGUAAAAUGCAAACCCCUUUUCGGCAACUUUAAUAGCACUUUGUUUUGCUCAGCAACUGCUACUUCAGCUAUAAAAAACAGUCGUGGUAGAAGAAGAAACUCAACGCGUUUGAAAUCCACUGGUCAUACAGGAUGUGGAUGUACUAUCCCCUCUUUCCAUUCGUUAAACGCAACGUUUUCAUCAUUUAAAAAUGAGAGUCAAUCGCUCACGCAAAUGGCUGUAAACUCAGCUCAUAAAACCGCUCUGCGUCAUGCGAACUUCGCAAAUUGGUUUGAGCCUGUUGGUGAGUUACCUCUUGGACAAGGUUCCCCCUCAACGGUGCCUCAUUUUUUGCCAUCUCGAUUAUUUACUGCUUUCACCGGUGGACCUAGUUUUCUUCCUGCUCACGAAAAUAUGCCAAUCAAUCCCAUGUCUUCCCUAGCACAGGACUGCUGUGCAAAUACUGUAGAAUCGUUGCGUAGCAUGGCUGUCGCACAUUUUCUGCGGUCUGGUUUGCCACCGAUUGAAGCUGAAUUGAUUGCCGUUGCUCCCUUUGGUUAUUCACGGUGUUCUCUGCAUGGUUUGGGGUCAGGUCGAAAUACUGUUCGGAACGCUCAUGGUCCAGUUUUAGCGUUUGCUUUUGGAGCUACUUUCGUCCCUCCACAGGCAACUUCAUCGUGCAUUUUGCCAUUCAGCAAUGCAUCAAAUUGUCGUAUUUUCGAUCCUAGACAGAACAAUGCUCUCUUGCUGGGAGCUAACUUACUGCGUGGAGCACAAGGACCUCAUCUAGCUUUUGAGCGCAUAUUCAACUUUCCACAGAAUGUCAACCCGGUUAAUGUUGCUCGCCAGAUUAAUCUCCAAGAUCAGGCAGGAGGAGGAAACCAGCAAAGGCAGCAACCUCAACGUUUUCGUCGACAGCGGUCAAAUGCAACAAGUCUAAAUGCUAGUGGUCCAUGGUUAGUGUCCCCGCUGCCCAGCCAAUUACAGUGGAUUAUUUUACCUCAUGCUAUUACAAAUCUAACAAAGUUGGAUCUUGUCUCUGUUGCCAUUAGUGCUAUACCUCGACUAGAUAACAUCAAGUAUCUACAUCUUAAAUGGGUUGUAUUCGCCUCCAGUGAUCCAUUCUUUAGCUUUCUGGCCCCGAAAUUGCAAUCCUUUGUGAUGAACAACUGUAGUACCCCAUCAAGAGUUGUUCGAUAUGUUCGUAUUUUCUCAGCUCUCUCACGAGCCCCUCAACUUGCCCGACUUGAACUUGUCGGUACACGUUUCAUUGAUGGCCUAAUUGGGCAUAUAAUCGAUGACACAAUGUCACAUGGGCGAGGGUUUCGUAAUCUUCAACGCUUAGUGCUUUCCAGCAAUAAGGAUGCAUCUGAAGUAGACAUUGGUUUACUCUUAUUGGCUGGUCAGCAAUCCUUGAAUCAAGUGGCCCUACAAAUGCUUCAUACAAAAAAUUCAUUAUUUGAAAGUCUUUAUCAUGCGGGUGCAGAAUUCCCGCGUCUUGAAAGUCUUACUCUGGGGUAUUUGGAUCCUUAUCAGUCACGUUUGACAGUUUCUGAAUUGAUGAGUCUUGGUAUUGGCGAAUCAGCUGACCAUUUAUCACCUAUAUGUGCGAUAACCGAUUGGGGUAUAGCACUUGCAUUUUUCAUUUGCCCUCGAUUGGUGAAUAUAACCAUUCGAAGUGCACCUUAUUUAAGUAACAUAACUCGCUGGUUUUCGGCUGGAUUCUGUGAUGAGGACUUACUUCACACUGUACCAACUGUUCUGCCUUCGUCGAGUAAUGUUGAUUCUGUUCAACAGAAUACUGGUGGUAGUCAAGAACAAUCUACACAGUCUGGUGUGACGGACAAACCUUCAAAAACGCAUUUCCUACCUCUACGCUCUCUGACGUUGGAAAAUUGUCCUGGGAUAUCUGUUGAAAAUCUUGAACGGGUUUUGAAUGAUGGACAUCCUUUCCCAUGCUUAGAAACUGUAGUUCUGAGAAAUAUGUUUAUUCCUCAACAUGGAGCAAGCAAAUCUUUCAUACCGACAUCACAUGCGUCUAUGGAUCAUGGAACAACUGGUACCAAUUCUAUGGACGAAUCUAUUGAUUGGCGAAAACUCAGUCAUCUGUUAGCACUGUCGGAUCUGUUAGCUGCUCGUCGAAUAGGCUAUUCGCCUUUAUCACCAGAAGGUAUCAGUUUGGGUGCAUCUGUUCGUGAAGUUAUUCACAUGAAUCCUCCACGAGGCUUCAUGCCGGAUACCUUACGAGCGAAACCGCAUGAUUUGUUUUGUUUACUCCGUGCACAUACCUACUUGAAUAGUCUAUUGGAACUAGACGGUUCUUGUGGUUCUCCAAUGUCAUCACCAAACAGAAUCUUAAGAACAUUAUUCUCAGAUGAUGUACACAUUCCAACGCCAAGUAAUACGAAGAUAUCAUCGGAGAAUAUCACCGAUAAAUCUGAAAAUUUCAUAUCUCGUUCUUCACAAACAUGCAUUUGUGGUAUGUUGGAAUGGGAUGUUAUGUUAAGGAUGUCGCAAACACACUUGACGGUCGAUCAAAAAUCUUCAAAAAGUAAAGUUAUAUUUGAAGAGAAUUCAGUGAAUAGUCAAAGUGAAACUAAUCAAAAUCCUGUUCCUAGCAGUUCACAAUCUUUGUUGCGUUCAAACUCCAAUCAAAACAAUUCUAAUACUACAACAAUAACACCUCAGUUACAACUUGGUGGUUCGUUAGCAUUUCAUCCUUUUCCUCCAUCACUUCAGCAUAAAACUUUGUGCAGAGUGGUGACUGCAUCUGAAUGGACUCAAUUAUUUUCUAAAAUGUCUACACCAUUCGGUCUUCCAUUGUGUAGGAUUGUUUACCCUGUGACUGGUGCUGAUGAAUGUUCAGGAUGCGCAUCUGAUCCACUUCUUUAUUCUCAGGGUAUUUCAAAUUAUCAGAUAUCUGCUCCUUCUAAAGAACCUAGUCAAGUUGACCGUGCAUCGAAAUGGCUAGCACGUGAUGCAUGCGUGGAUACCAGUGAACUGAGAUGCUAUUCAUUCCCGAUACCCCAAAUACUUAAAAUUUAUCAACCUUUGAAUGCAAUCCAUAGUUGUUUAACUUCAUUGCAUUUCGAAAAAGUUGGAAUUUCUCAUUUGAUUUUGCAUGAAGCAGCUCAUCUUAAAAAUAUCACCUUAGAAAAUUGUACUGAGCUAAGAGCUAUUCUAUUUGAUGAUACCACUUCAUCAUGCGAUGGUGAUGAUCGUAGUCGUAAUGAAUUCACUGAUAAACAUACAGAUCGAUUCCCAGCACUUCGGCGUAUUCGAAUUAUUAACUGUCCAAAGUUUGCAAUUUACAAUUUUCUCUAUGGUGUUGCAAAACUUUAUCCUGCACACGAUGAAAAUUUAUCUAUUACAUAUCGACCUUUUGGACAGUACAAUACACAAGUAGAGCGUGCAUUGUGGAAUUAUUGUCAACAUGCGCAUAUUCUCAUAUCACAUGAUUACAAAAUUGGUGAAAGUGAACGUGUUAUGGAAGAGUUUCAUUCCACAUUUGAUCAAUUAUUCCGAGAAGUGAUCAAUUUCUCAGACAUGGUUAUUCGUCGAGACCUACUUCCUGUAUAUCCUCAACCUACAGAAGUUUUUCAUAAUUCAGUGUAUAAACGCAGUGAACACGGUUCUGGAUGGGAUUUGAUUACAGACAUACCAUGGGUCCACGAAGUAUGUUGUUCACUUCUUCGAAAUAAUGAACUGCAUCGAUCUGAUCAAGCGGAUCAACUGUAUGAAUUAUUAUCUGAAUAUCAAACAAUAUCUGAUGAUUUGAAAAUACAACGACAUGGUAUACAUUUUCAUGUUCAAUUCAGAAAUGUUCAUUCUUUUGUCGAUAUUGCUGAUGGUUCUUUGAAUAUGAACACUAAUAGUUGUGAUCAUCUUCCUACGCGUAAAACUGUUUCUUAUGUUAACUGGCCAUAUACAGAAAGUUAUUUACUUGCUACAUGUCCUUCUGAUGAUCUUAAUACAAUGAAUGUUCAUCUACAUCCAUGGCAGCGUUUACUAUUAUCACAAGAGGAGACAUUAGAAACAGAAUCUUAUUCAUCCUCACGUAAAAGAAAAUCACCUUUAUCACCAUCAAUCUAUGAUGUGUCUAAAUCAAAACAAACCUGUAGUCUAUUCUUAAAUCAGCAAUCUUCACUACCUGAUACUAGAUCAAAAAAGUUUCAUUCAUCGUCAAGUGAUAAUAAUAUACCGAACAACCAUCAGUUCUUUGUAUCCUCCUUAUCAUCGACAGUAUCAUCAUCAUCAUCAUCACCACAGUGUAAUCAGCUUGUAGGUGUUUUACGUAAACGUUCACAUCCACCAUCUAUCAUCGUUUCAAAACCUUGUAAAAAGUUCAAGUCUAAACAGUGA